AUUACAGAUUUUAACUCUUCUGUGAACACUGGAGGUUUGUCUCGGCUCAAGAGGAAACUGUCCUGUGUUUUAUUUAGAUAUUUAUCAUCUAAAAACGUCACAGUUUUUCUCAUAUAUCCGGACUUUACGCUGCUGCAGUAAAUCGGCUGUGCGCCUCUGCUGCGUCUCUUACGGCCGCUCAAAGUUACUGUAAAAAGUCUUUUAAUUAUCAGUAAAGUCAAGCAGUGAAGAGGAGACGUUAUGUCUACGUGCAUGGAUAUAGUUGAUUAAGAGAGACUGGCUUCUAGUUUCUUCUACACUAUCCAGGAUACAAAGGCUGUCGUGGAGGGUUUCCCAGUCUUGUGUGGGAUGUUAUCGGACUGGUGGAGCGUUGAGGCUGAAGGAGCAUGGUGAAACACCAACCCUUACAGGUCUAUGAGAAGCAGGUCUUUGUGUCCUUUGUCACUGGGGUCUAUGGUUGUCGCUGGAAACGCUACCAGCGCUCCCAAGAUGACAGCUCCAGGUGGGAGUGUACAUGGUUCGUCCUCCUGUGCAGUUCUUUCCUUCUGCUGCUCUUCUGGGCUUACUUCUGGCUGGUGGCUCAAAAUGACAUCAACGAGUUCAACAUGUCGGUGUAUAACCACUCUGGAGAAUGGAGCGAUGAGACGAUCCCACUCCUGGCGUCCACCACCAUAGGAUUCAGCUACAUUACUUUCUUACUGAUGUUAGCUCUUUUCCACAUCUCUCUGGGCCAGCAGCUGAACCUCUACUGGGUUCACAAGAUUGGAGUGUUAGCGACGCUGCUGACCACCAUCUCUGGUAUCGUCUCUGUUGAUGACCUGUGGGCCGAUGAGUGGGACAUUCUGCUCGUAUCACUGCAGGCCACAGCACCUUUCCUGCACCUCGGAGCCCUGACAACAGUCACAGCCAUCAGCUGGUUGGUAGCUGGUUAUGUGGUCCGCAGAGAGAGAUCCACUUUCCAGGUGGUGGUGCUGCUGAUCUACACCCUCGUCCUCCUGGCUCUGUAUCUGGCUCCGCUCAUGUUCACCUGCCCCUGCAUCAUGGACCGCCACAGCCUCACACAUCGACCUGAAGUCAUCGGUCGACGGGGAGCUCCUAUGCUGGCUCCAGAAAACACCAUGGUGUCCUUUAACCGAGCGCUGCAGCACGGAGCUAGCUCCCUGGAGGCCGACGUCAGCAUCAGUGUGGAUGGCGUCCCCUUCCUGAUGCGUGACAGCACCUUCAGACGAACCACAGACAUCAGUAAGGUUUAUCCAUCCAGACAGUAUGAAGACGCCUCUUCCUUCAACUGGACAGAGAUCCGCUCUCUGAAUGCAGGACACUGGUUCCUGGAGAGCGACCCCUACUGGACAGCUAACACCCUGACAGAGAGGGACCGCGUCAGGAUAGCCAAUCAGUCAGUCUGCAGUCUGGUGGACAUGCUGCGCCUGGCGUCCAGGGCCAACAGCUCCGCCCUCCUCGACAUCCGCAGGCCUCCGCCAGAGCACCCCCGCCACCGGAGCUGGUUCAUGGACACGCUGUGGGCCGUGCAGAAAGCAGGGAUCUCCCAGAAGAGGGUGAGGACUGUGACGUGGACCCCCGACACGGACAGGGGGAGGGUGCGAGGGCUGCAGCAGGGUGCAAAUGAGAAGCUGUCCAUCAAAGAGAUAAGGCAGAGAGGAAUCACCAGCCUGAACCUCCACUAUAGCAAGGCCCACCACAAAGACAUAGAGGAGUAUCUGGCCAAUAACGUGAGCGUGACUGUGUACCCGGUGAAUGAGCCCUGGCUCUACUCUCUGCUGUGGUGCAGCGGGGUGCCUUCUGUGUCCUCUGAUGCCCCACAAGUCCUCCGAAAGGUGCCUUACCCCAUCUGGCUCAUGAGCCACCACGCUUACGACUUCAUCUGGAUCACUUCAGAUCUGGUCUCCAUCGCCGUGGUCAUCGGGAUCUUUUGUUAUCAGAACUAUCAUAUGAUCAGGUGGAAGAUGAGCGGGAUGCAGAACUAUAACCCUGAGCAGAUCAUGCUGAGCGCUGUGACACGUCGGACCAGUCGGGAAGUAAACAUCAUGAAGGAGAAGCUCAUAUUCUCAGAUAUCAACAAUGGACUGGGCAGUUCAGAGGAGCUCUCUCUGUAUCCUGAAAACGGCUAUGCAAGAUAUUCUAACAGCAACAUCAGUUGAUGAACACAUCUUCACUGGAACAUCUGCAUUACAGAUGUUGUUUGAUUUCAGAGUUUUAAUGAGUGGAUGUUAUGUUCUGGACAGAGGACACUGACCUGUAUGUCCAAAGACUGUGAAAGUGAAACAGCAUGGACAUCAAAUGUUGUCCGGACAAAGAGGGUUUCCUCGGUUUGCUCUGCUGACUCAGUGACAUAUCAACACUCUCUUUUGUGCAAGUUUGAUAUAAUAUAUGUCUGAUGUUAUUGUGUGUUUGAGUUUUCUAACAUAAUGCAGAAGACUGAGACAGGCAUAAGACAGAAAAAAGGAGGAGGAUGAUUUUUUAAAAAUUGUUAAUGUGAAGAUCAUACACUACAUCAGAACUACAUUAAUUGUGCUUGUGUCACCCCAGGUGGCUGAUUGGUUGGCUUUUUGCCUUUCCGGGGCGGGGCUUAGGUUCAAAUCAAGUAUUUGGGCAGUGUUGGAACAGGCUGGUAGUUGUGUGAAAAAUAUAUCAAAGGAAGAAGUUUUAAUAUUUUUCCAUUUCUAUAUUUCAUUUUUAAUUCCUCCAAAAAUGCAUCUUGAUCAAUCAUUUAAUUUCUCAUUCCUGGCUCUUCAACUGAGAGCGCAACAUUUCAACUCUUUCCUCGACCUUUUCACUUUAUCUCAGUAUUUUGACUUUAUUUUUAAAAAUCUUACAUUUCAUCUCACAUUUUUUUCUCAUGCCUUUACUCUUUCACUAAGACUUCCUGUCUUGGACACAUACAAAAUAAAAGUUUACCACAAACCUUUAAAGGCAUGUUGUAACUAUCAGUGUUCUUAAAAGUUAGCAUGUAGCAUGUAGCAGCAGGAAACACGUGACCUGUCAGUGUCAACAGUCUAUAAAACAGGAUUUGUUAGAUAAUAAACCUGAUCCAUUGUCGAGGCUAAAUGUAUAUUUCUGUUAUUGAAGCACGUUUUGAAUCAGAAUUUAAAAACAUAACAUUUCAGAAAUAAAAAAAGGAGGAAAAAAAUCAGUUUUAUGAAAUGAAAAUAAUAAGUUUGAAAGAGUAAAAAGUGUAAUUUUUUGUAUUUUUCUUGUAGGUCACUGUCAUUUUACAACAGAUGAUAUCAGCUGUGUGGUGUUCUGUAUCAUGUAAAUAAGAGCUGUUUUUAUUUCUUGUUUUUCGCUCUGGGAGGAUUUUAAAGGAUUUGGACGUGUCAUUUAUAUGUUUUACUUUUGCAUUUAUAAUAUAUAUGACUGUCUUUUUUUCUUAUUGGUGUGACAAAGAUAAGGGCAAAUGUAAAAACUUAUUUUAUUGCUGUUUCCUGUGUGUAUUUGUGUGUGGGAGGGGGAGAGGGGGGGGAAUUGGGGGAUUUAAGAGUACUGGUCGUCAUGUUGUGGUUUUAAUCUUUGUCUCUGCCUCUUUUCUGUCAUGACUGAUUUAUUAUGUAGAUUUAAAGAUGCUGUUUCAACGUUCACAUGGCUGCCUUUUUGUUUAAUCAUGGACAUAUUUCCCCCUUUGGGUUUAUUAUAUAUAAUAUAUAGUAUAUAGGAAUAAACAUUUCAAUUGACAUCUUAUCUUUUAGCUGCAGACAUGUCCACUGUCUAAUAAAAGUUCUCUCUUUGAA